AUGCUGCGCUUUACUCAUGUUAUCCGGAAGAACCCGGUGGUGUUCAAGCAGGGGCAGGGGAUGUUUUCGCACCAGCUAAAGCGAAUACUGAACAAGAAGUCGCUGCACAAGUACAACUGGGAUCCGCUGCCCAUGUACGACCCUCGCAAGCUUGUGCACGCGAACCGCUACGUGGACCACGACACCUACGAGGAGAAGUACGAUCCGCACUGGGAGCACAACGCUCACCUCGUACCAGACCAGAAGUUCUACACCAUCCCUGUCCCAAAGGAGUACAAGGACGCGUACUGGUGGCGUGACUUGCAGGCCCGCCGUGUCCAGUGCCCAACCGAGUGGGUGCACUUCCGCAUGCAUACCAAGGACAAGCUCAAGUAUGACUUUCAGGAUCUUGCCUUCCGCAAGAAGUUUGAGUACUCCUACGAGGAUGUGGUUGCCAACGCCAAGGAUAUGCGCAGCUGA